AUGGCGAGACGACUUUCAGCAGAUAUUCGACAUCUAAUCGUCAAAGCGUCGUUUGAGCGCCCUGUUGAAGAGGUAGCUGCUCAAUUCUAUGUUUCAACUCGCACUGUCCAUCGAAUUAUCAAACAAGGGAUUAAUGGACUUCAAUUCGAGCGUAAAGAACGAGCUUUAUGUAUCUCUAAGAAGCUCAAAGAGCAUGCUAUUCAGUAUAUGAUACGGCUCAUUCAGCGAAAUCCUUGCAUUUAUCUGGGUGAAAUAAAGGAGAAAUUGAGCUCUGGCUUGGAUAUCGAGGUCUCCAAGAGUACAAUUUAUCGCACGCUCGUCUAG